AUGUGUGCAUGUGAAUCCUUCUCCAUCGGCAACACACAUUCCACAAAGCAACCAAGUCGACUUUGCUCGAGCAUCGAAGUGCUUCUCGACAAUGCCAUGUCGGCCUCUAAACUGAUCGCACUGGCCUCACUGGCUGAAUAUGUUCUCAUCAAGCCCUACAUCAUCCACCCGGCACAAGAUGGCACCGAUUUCAUUGGAUAUUGCCUCUGUAUGGCGGUCCUAGCCUGGUUCGCACAAAUCUUCACGAACAGACUUACGGACGCCGAGUGGGAGAAGGCAAAGUACAGCGGAAUUUAUGGCGGACUUCUUGGCUACGCUUGGCUUCUGUUCCUCGUGAAGUACGAGAAUCGCCAGAUCCACCACCUUCUCGUUGCGAAUCUGGCGAUAUUAGGAGGCGUGCUACUUGGCGCCUACAGAGUGCGCAACAAGAAGGGUAGCAAGUAUGGUGGAGGUCGAAUCUCAGGUGGUGGCGGCGGCGGCGGUCGAGUGAGAACUUCGAAGGAUCUUGACUCUGUCCGCUUCAUGAAACCUGGCCAGGGGGGAGGAUGCUGUGGAAUGCAGAACGGUUUUCCAGUCGACAAUUAGCAGUUUUGGGUGCAAGAUCGGUUUCCGUUCGACGGCUGGAAUUUUCGACGCGUAUCAUUGGAAGAUUUGCAUGCUAUAAGGUCACAACACUGGCCUUAUAUGAUACACUACAUAAUGAUGGCAUAUGGGAUGCCAGGAGAGCGUCUGGCGGCGCUCUGCCGCAUCUGCCAGAGCAUGAGCAUGAUAAAUGCAUGCCUCACCUAGAACGACAUUCUACAGCACAAACAAGGGUCGAAUAGCUUCCUAAAAUGAGAACUCUACGUCCUCACAGAUGGAUCAAUUAAACAAUAC